AUGGAGACGGUGGAUAAAUACAUUGAUAUCAACAGCCCACUUCUCCAUUCUCCUCAAUGGGACGCCUGGAAAUCAGUUCAAGAGCUCGAGGGGAUUGCGACAGGGAGACCCUCUAUCCCCUUUCUAUUCACCAUGGUUAUGGAGGGACUCUACAAGAUGGUUCAAAAACUAGAGGCUAAUGGGUUAUUUAGAGGUUUCACAGUUAAGGCGAAUGGAACACAAUUGUCACAUCUUUUAUUUGCAGAUGAUACAAUAUUCUUCUCUAGUGACGAUGUGGAACAGAUUCUGAAUAUUCGAGCUCUCCUAAUUUGCUUUCAAAUAAGUUCAGGACUUAGCAUCAAUCCUAUAAAGAGCUCAGCAAUUAAGUUCGGGGAUACAAAUUCUGAUGAUGUUGUUGAGAAUAGUCUUGGUUGCAGUUUUGAGGAGCUACCUAUUAGAUACCUAGGGAUGCCGGAAGGAGGCCAGUAUAGGAACAAGAAUAUUUGGGAUUCAGUCAUAGAGAAGACGGAGAAGUUACUACAAGGGUGGCAGGGAGUUUUUUAUCCUAUGGUGGCAAAUUAG